AUGUCUCGCAGGUCCCCCCGGAUAUCCUGGCCUUACUGGUUAAAAGGGACCACGUGGCAGGAGGGGACCAAAGGGAGAGAAAGGUCCUCAAGGUCCCAUGGGACCACUGUGAAAUCUGGAAAAUCAGGAAUAACGGGUCCUGCACCGAGAGGAGAAAAGGGAGACAAGGGAGGAACUUGGCCAAAAGGUAUGCCGGGAGCUACUGGAGGACCUGGAAAAACGGGUAAGACUGGUCCAAAAAAGUCGAGAGGAGAAAAGAAAGAUAUGAGAGAAUCCCAGCCAAAAAGCAUGCCGGGACCAACUGAGAGCCCUAGAAAAUCGAUAUCUGCUCCACAGGUAAUGAUGCCACCUGCAGAUCAGACUAGAGACGAAGGGCAUAAUAUGUCGUUUUAUUGCAGAGCUGGAGGAAAUCCUACUCCUAGUGUCGAAUGGCGAUUGAAGGGCAGAAAACUUUUGUCAGGUGCAAAGUAUUUGGUCAGAGAAGGAGAGUUGGUUGUUAGGAAUCUAAAUCAUAACGAUACUGGGCAGUACACAUGCGCAACGAAGAAUAUUCUUGGAUCCUCUAAGGCCUCUGGUAAUUUUACGGUUCGAAAUAAGAAGAACAUUUUU